AUGGCCAAUGGCAAGCUUAUGUGCGCCAGUGUUUUUCUUCUUGUGUUAAUUUUCUCUUAUGGGAUCAUUUCAACUGAAGAAAGGCUGAUGAGAACAGAUCUUACAAACCAGGCAAUAUUACACCGCAAGGUGUUAGAAAAUGAAGUGGCUGCAGGCUCUGCGCCACCAACGCUAACCUACGAGAGUGUUCCUGACGAUAAUUAUCGACCCACAACACCAGGGCACAGUCCUGGCGCUGGCCAUAACGCCGGCCAUUCUGGUGGACCUGAGUAG